GAAAGAGGAAGAGAAAUGGAGAGAGAAACAGAGAGAUACCGAGACAGGAACAAAGGACACAGAGACAGGCAGAGACAGAAGAGACAGGGAGAGAAAGAGACAGACAGAGACACAGAAACAGGAGAAAGAAACAGAAGAGAGACACAAAGAUACAGAGACGAAGGAGACAGAGAGAUGGAGGCAGAAAUAGAGAAAGGACAGAGACAGACAGACAGAAGAGAGACAGAAACAGGCACAGGAGACAGGGAGACAGAGGGAGAGUUGACAGAGACACAGAGAUAGAGACAGAGCGCGCGCGAGAGAGCGCGCGAGCGAGAGAGCGAGAGCGAGCGCCAGCGCAAGCCGCGGUUGCCUAGCAACCGGAGGUCGCGGACACUGGAGUCUUUUUUUUUUUUUUUUGUGCGUGCGUGCCUACGUCCGCGCGAACUGCCCAGAGUCUUCGCCACCACCGCCGCAACAGCAGCAACUGGCACUGCAGCAACGACUGCAGCCACAAGCCCGGGCUCCUCCGUCGCUGCCGCCGCCGGCGCCUCAGAAGCAGCGGCUGCUCAGCCCAGCCCGCCUGGCGCACCCGCUUUCGCUCCGCGCUCCGGGGAAGCCGCGGCGGCCGUUGGCCGAAGCCGGGCCACAGCGACCCCCGCUGGCCCCGGACAGCAGUGACCAACCGUAAGUGGGGACCACCCCUCUCCAUCCCCUCCCCCGGCUGCCGCGCCAAGCUCGGGGACCUUGGACAGCGACUCUCGGUCGCCUCCAGCUAGGGCCCAGGUCCGGGCCACGUGGCCCUCCGCCAUGGGUAAGCCACCCUCCCAGGCGCCCGGUUUGCAGACCGAGGACUCUCUCAUCGAAGGAAUCAGUGACCAGGUGCUCGUGGCCGUGCUCUUCGGUUGCGCUUUCCUGGUUGUGGUGGGCUACGUCCUUCUCAGAAACGCCCAGCAGCACAUCCAUCCCAACAACCGCGAGCUCGUCCGGGUACUGAGAGAACAACUCCACCGGGAGCAAGAUCCUCCGGCCCCUCGACCUCAGUUCUACACGGACCUGUCCUGCCCCAUCUGUUUACAUCACGCCUCUCUUCCCAUCGAAACCAACUGUGGCCACCUCUUCUGCGGCAACUGCCUCAUUGUUUACUGGCGUUACGGGUCGUGGCUCGGGAUGGUCAGUUGUCCGAUCUGUCGCCAGACGGUGACUCUGCUGUUUCCUGUGUUCGCUGAAGAUGUCCACUCCGUCGAAGCCCGGCGUUUACAUCAAGAUAUCCACGACUACAACCGAAGGUUCUCGGGACAGCCCCGGUCUGUUAUGGACAGACUUUUGGAUCUCCCCACUCUGCUGAGACAUGCAUUCCGAGAACUGUUUUCUGUGGGAGGACUUUUCUGGAUGUUUCGCAUCAGGAUUGUCCUGUGUUUGGUGGGAGCUUUUUUCUACCUGAUAUCACCUUUGGAUUUGGUUCCUGAAGGCUUAUUUGGGAUUCUGGGGUUUCUGGACGAUUUCUUUGUUAUCUUUCUCUUGCUUAUUUACAUCUCUAUCAUGUAUAGGGAAGUAAUAACACAAAGGCUGAACAGAUGAGAUAGAGGUUGGACAAGGUUCUUUGCUGUUGUCAUACGUGUCCUUAGAAAGAACCACUUGAAUAUCAUUUAACAGGUUCACAAUACUAAUGUUCGUAGCUGGUAUUUGUAUAGGUGUUGAAUGUCUGGAAAGUGCUUUGUAAAUGUCAUCUCAUUUGAUCCUCAAAACAACCUUGAGACUUAGGUGCUAUUGUUAUUGUCCCCAUUUUACAGAUGAGAAAAUGGAGGCAGGCAGAGGUGAAGUGACUAGCUGUAAGUUACACAGCUAGAAAGUGUCUGAUACCAGGUUUGAACUUAAGACUUCCUGACUCCAGGUCUGGUGCUCACCAUAUUGAUACUGAGAGCUCUAUUGCUUUAAGGGUUGCAAAGUGCUAUUAUCUAAUAUCUAUUUCUUUUGACCCUGAAACAACACCCUGGAAAGUCGGUGCUAUCAUAAUCUCCAUUUUGCACAAAGCAAACUGAGAGAAAGGUUAAGUGACUUGCCUAGAAUUCCCGAGCUAGGAAGUGUCUGCAGUUGGGGUUGAAAUGAGCUUUGCCUGACUUCAAGUUCAGCACUCUAUCCACUCUGCUACCGAAUUGGAAAAACAUCCGGUAAAACAUAGGGAAUUAUAAUUAAUGUGUUGAUGGAGCCAAUAUUAAUUUUAGAUCGAUAACUACAGCUAAGUAUAUUUGUUCAAUGAUUCCAAAAUAGUCUUCUCUGAAAUGGUGAGAUUUAAAGAAAAAGGAAUACUUUGAUGGUAUCUUGAUUUUAUUUAUCUCCCCAAACCAUUCCCAUUAGCAAGACUAGGAUUAUGAGAGGUGGAAAAGGGGACUUGAAACCUCAUCUAGUCCAAAUGAAUCAUUUGACAGAUGUGGAAACAGACCAUGGUCGGGGGGGGGGG